AUGGUCGCAGUAACUGCAGAUGUUCAACAUAUGUUUCACUGCUUUGUUGUCAGAAAAGACCACCGAAAUUAUCUGAGAUUUUUAUGGCAUAAAGACAAUGACCUACAGAAGAACCUUGUCGAAUAUCGCAUGAGAGUUCAUGUUUUCGGGAAUAGUCCGUCACCUGCUGUUGCUACGCUUGGACUCAGAAAAGCAGCUCAAGCAUCAGAACAAGAGUUUGGCAGUCACGUGACUAGCUUUGUUACAAGAGACUUCUAUGUCGACGACGGUCUUACGUCAUGUCCCACUAAAGAGGAAGCUGUUACGCUCAUGAAGGACACACAGCAAGCAUUAGCAAGAUAUGGAAACUUACGCCUUCACAAGUUUGCCUCUAAUUGUGCGGAAGUUAUGUCUGCAUUUCAUGCCAGUGAUUUGGCUUCAAAUCUUAAAGAUCUAGACUUAGAAUGCGAUAGCAAACCCCUACAACGUAGUCUUGGUCUCAGCUGGGACGUAAACACUGAUAACUUUUUAUUUCAAUUAUCAUCAGAAAACAAACCGAUCACUCGGAGAGGAAUUUUAUCAACGAUAAACAGUCUCUACGAUCCUCUGGGAUUUUUGGCUCCGGUGAUUAUACAAGGGAAACUCCUAUUGAGGAAAAUAGUAUCAGAAACCGUCGAUUGGGACCAACCUCUCACUGAUGAGACAGCAGAUGAGUGGAAAUCUUGGAGAGAUACUCUAAUUGCUAUCGAAACAUUGCGCAUUCCACGUACCUACGUGCCGUAUCUGAGCAAAACCGCCACAAAGGAGUUACAUGUCUUCUCUGAUGCAUCAGAAAAAGCCAUAGCAGCUGUUGCAUAUCUACGCACGACCGACAAUAGUGGUGAACCAAACAUAGGAUUCAUUCUUGGGAAAGCUAAAGUUGCACCAACAAGUGGUCAUACUAUUCCACGCCUUGAACUAUCUGCUGCAGUAUUAGCAGUCGAGAUAACACAGACCAUCAUGGAUAAUUUAGAUUUACAUAUAGACACCGUAAAAUUCUACACAGACAGUAAAGUAGUCCUAGGCUACAUAAGUAACGAGACAAGAAGGUUCUUCAUCUAUGUCGCCAAUCGAGUAGAGAAAAUAAGAAAAUUUAGCUCUCCAAGUCAAUGGAAUUAUGUACCAACUCACCGUAAUCCCGCAGAUUCGGGAACAAGGUCCGUACAAGCCCAUGAAAUUCACAGCAGCGAAUGGUUAUUAGGACCAAAACAACUUCUUUCCUCAGAACAGAAGAAUUCUGAGGAUAUAUACCAGCUAAUAGAUCCAGAAGAAGAUGGAGAAAUCCGUGCAACUGUUAAUGUUGCAAAAACAUUUUCCACACCUGAGCAUAAAGGUAUCGGAACUGAUAGAUUCAAUCGAUUCUCCAACUGGACAUCACUUGUGCGAGCGAUAGCCUUUUUGGAACGUUUCUCUCGUUUACACGGGUCAAAACAGGCAUCAUCAGUGACUUCUGUGGAUAGUUUUUCAAAUGCCGAAAAUUUCAUCUUAUUAUCUGCACAACAGGAAGUUUAUGGAGAUGAAAUAGAUGGAGAUAUAAAACGUCAGGAACAAAUUAAUAAGCGGAGCCCGAUAGCUAACCUCAAUCCGUUUUUGGAUGAACGAGGACUAUUACGAGUUGGAGGCCGUAUUGUUAAAUCGGACUUGAACCUCCAUGAAAAGAAACCAUUGAUCGUCCCUGGACGCAAUCAUGUAGCAACAUUAUUAGUUCGACACUACCACAACAAGAUAAAACAUCAAGGUCGCCAUUUCACAGAUGGAGCGAUUCGAUCCGCAGGAUUUUGGAUCGUAGGAGCAAAUCGCUUAAUCUCAUCUAUUAUUCACAAAUGUGUGACAUGCCGCAAACUCAGAGGAAAAACUGAGUAUCAAAUCAUGUCUGAUUUGCCAGAGGACCGUCUCGAACCUUCACCUCCGUUUACUAACGUUGGAAUAGACACCUUUGGACCCUGGACAAUUGUUUCACGUAAAACACGUGGUGGAUACGCCAACUCAAAACGUUGGGCAAUUUUAUUCACAUGCUUAGUGACAAGAGCUAUUCACAUCGAAUUAAUCGAGGAAAUGAGUUCUUCGGCCUUCAUAAACGCUGUCAGGAGAUUCGCCGCUAUAAGAGGCCAAGUAAAGAUUUUCCGAUCUGACCGUGGAACAAACUUUAUUGGCGCAAUCGACGAUUUAAAGAUUGACUCAAUCAACGUUGAAGAUGGACCCUUCAAGAACUUUCUGUACAAUUCUGGUACAACUUGGAUCUUCAAUGCGCCGCAUUCGUCCCAUGGGUGGAGUCUGGGAAAGAAUGAUUGGUAUCACCAGAAGAAUUCUUGA